GCAACCUAAAAAUCCAAAGUGAAAGAGAGGAUUGAGCUCAUAGAGGCAAAAGGGCAUUCAUUCAUUGUUCUUUUCAAUUCCCAUUUCUAAUGGCUUUUACUUCUUGUUCUCUUGCUUCCCAGUUUCUCCCUCUCAGAAAGGUUUCUCUAAUAAACCCUUUUCACUCAACAAAUUUCUCUACUGUGCCAUUCCCUGCGGUUCCUACUCGAAUUACACAGCCACUGUUUUCUCCUUCAAUCUCAACCUGCUUAUCAGUAUCAGCAUCCAAAAAUAACGAACAACCAGCUUCUUCUUCUUCUUCUUCAAAAGAGAAGGAAGAAAUUGAGGUUGAGGUUGAAGUGGAAGAGGAGCUUCCAUGGAUUCAGGAAAAGGCUUUGGACUUGGUCGAGUACACUGGCUCCGUCACCCAAGCUAUUCCCGGACCUAGAGUGGGUCCCACCUCCUUGCCUUGGAUUCUCGCCAUUCCUCUCGCUUACGCUGGAAUCACUUUCGUUAUUGCAUUUGUUAGGACCGUUACCAAAUUCACUUCUCCCAAAGCUAAACGCCGCAGACUGGUUGGUAAAAAUGCUACUCUAUGCAAGUCCCUGGAUGAUUUGUUUCAAAAAGGAAGAAAUGAAGUCACGCUUGAUGCUCUCAAGGAAAUUGAGAAUAAGACAGGUUUUGAUUUGGAAGGAAUUUUGCGGAAGUAUAUCCGUUAUGCUCUGAAUGAGAAACCAUUCAACCCUGACAUGGUAGCUGAUUUAAUUCAGAUUAGGAAAGCUUCUAUGUUAGAUGACUCACAAGUUGCCGAGGUUCUGAAUGAAAUUUCACGACGAAUUAUGCGAGACAAAGGCCCUAUUGUGAUGGAUAAGUCAGGUUAUACUGAAAAGGGUUUUAAAAGAAAACUAGCUGUUCAGGCCCUUUUUGGGAAGAUCUUCUAUCUGUCCGAGCUGCCUGAGUUCUGUUCCAGAGAUAGCUCCUUAGUUGUCAAGGAAAUCUUCGGAGUUACAGAUGAAGAUGCUGACAAACUCAGAUUACACACGGUCUCUGAAGCUGGCAAUCUAGAUGCACUUGAGAAGAUGGUUGAUGGUUCAGAUUCGGAAGAUUCUGGCGAGGUUUCAUCUGAUACCUCUUGAUGCAUAUCGUAUUUCAGUGUUCAGCUUUGGAAAAGGUUAAAGAAUGACUUGAUGGUGCAAAUUCUACAAACCCAUCAUCUUAUCCCAUCCAAAAACUAAAAUCAAGAAAGUUCAGAGGGCAGGGCAGGGAUUAAAUUUUGUUAUUUUGGUACAGCUUCUUACGUACUUAAAACUCUCAAGAUCCCUUGGAUUAAAUUUUGUGCUUUUGUUACACUUAGUACCAUUAACGUUUCGUGCGGAGAAAUUGAAUUAGCAAAACUAUUAUAGAGAAAUUUCGGAUAUAAUAUAGAAUGAUGUUGUGUAUGUUCAUUUGGGAUUGCACUUUGACAUAGAA